GAGCACAGUUUAAACUCUAUAGAAAUUGGAAUUAAUUAAUUAAUUAAUUAAUUAAAGCAUAAAAUAUGCAAACUGAUGCUGGUAGAGGUGGUGGCGGUGGCAUUUCCGUACAGAUUCGUCAAAUUUUUCCAAGAUGGUUUUCAAAAUUCAUUAUUGGAUUAUACAUGGCCACGCCACGGUUAUUCGACAAAGUGUCACCAAUGCUGUUGAGAUCAUUUCUCUCCGGAAAUUUUGAUAAUGUUUUCUCUUUGAUAAUUGAUUUUUUCUUUCGUCCAAGUGUGGCGCUUGCAGACUAUGACAUCUCGGAUAGAAGAUCGUCUGCAAUGUCAUCGCUGCUGCUGUUGUUCGCUUUGUUCGAAGGGAUGUGUGGCUUUGUUUUGCCAAUAUGCUCAGCUUUCCGAGUGUCGAAUGGAUCACCGAAGCGUCACUAUUAUGAAGAUUUCUUAAUCUUUCAAAUUUGCCUAUCACUUGUCGCAUUGGCCUAUCUACAAUCAUUAAUAUGCUAUUAUGAUCGUAAAGAGAAUUUACGCCGGAAACAUGAAUUAAUGUUUAUGAAUCAAGUGAAUGAGGCUAGACGUAUGUGGUCAGAUCAAAGUCUAUCAGAUACAGAGAAUAAUGAUGUCGACGCGGAAGGUGGUGAUCAACAUCAGCAGCAGCCUCAUCAUCAUUGGGAUAUGGAGGUGAGAAAGAAUGACGAUAAACUACGCCUAGUCACUUUCAAUGAUCCACAAGAAAUAGUUAAUACUGAGUCGAAUGUUAUUACUGCUAUUCCAAAAUCCGUUGAUUCGUCGAAUAUAAAAAACUCGGAGGAUCAAACUGUUCAGGAAGAGAGUAGUAUCAGUUCAAAGGAAAACGAGGAAAGAUUUAAAUCAUACAAUAAUAUGUUGAAGAUGAAUAAGUCAGAACAAAGUGAUCAAAAGUCACCGACAUUAAGUGUUACAUUUGCCAAUCCUGUCAUUAACAAGAGAAAUGGUAAAAAUACUUCGAUUACGAACAGUAAUCAUAAUGAGGGUGAUUCUGAAGAGGUGAAGAAACAGAAGGCUAACAGUAUCAGCAACAGCCAUGAUGAUGAGACAAACGGAUUGCCAAAAAUGGGAGAAAUCGCGUCGAGAACAGCAGCUAGAAGAAUGAAAUUCUUCGGUGAAGACUACAAUGGCAGUACUACUAAUGGGAAUACAAUUGGCAGUAGUAAUAAUGAUAACCAUAAUAAUAAUGAUGAUAAUAAUAAUAAUGACAACAUUGGAGAUGGCAUGAAUAACAGCAUCAUUGAGGAGAACAACACCGUUCUAUCAACGAAUGAUGUAUUCAUUUCACAGAACCCCUCAAACAACUGUCCUUCUGAUGAUAAUAAUAAUACUGUAAAACAGAAUAGUAGUCAUCUUGAUCAGAUCAAUAAUUGCACUUACUUGGCAAAAAGAUCAAAAGAACAGAGAAUUUCUAAACCAAAAGAGAAAAUGACUAAUUGUUGUGGUCGAAGUCCGGAGAGAAAAAAACGUCAGUCAUUUCAUCCAUUAGCUAUUCUUUUCGGUGAUAAACCAAGCGGAUCAAGACGUGAAUGUUACUUUUCACGAGAUACUGAAGGUGUGAAUUUGUAUUUACGUCUGGGAGCUGUUGGUUUUGGUUUCGGUGUUAUGAUAUUCGAUGGUUUCAAAAUAGCUGAACCAUGGGAAAAGACGUCAAGCACUGGAGCUAAUUGUCAUGGCCAAUUAUGGAUUCCUCUACAUAUAUUACACUUCAUUUAUGUAUUCUGGCAGACAUAUUUUCUAUUUAAACAUCAUCGGGUUGUAUUCAAUGUACAGAAAUUUGUUCUCCGCUUCUUUCUAUGCCAUUUGGCUGUAGCCAAUCUUUGCCAGUGGUUGAAGACAAUCGUUGAUGAAAUCGGUAGUGAACCAUCACAUGGAGGAGGAGGAGGAGGCGGCGGCGCAGGAGGCGGCGUAGGAGGAGAAGGUGGAGAGUCGAAUCGAUCAAGUCACGAAUUCGCCCUACCAAUUGAAUAUUUUUUAGAGUCUCAAGCUGAUCCCGAUACAAAUUUACACGAAUAUUCAAACAGUGCAAAUUCACCAAGUUUUAAUUUAUCUCAUUUAGCCAAUAUGGUAUUGUCGGAUGGGAAGAAAACCACGCCUAGUGUAUCAGUGCAUAUGGAUCAUGGGAGUUCAACUAUGCAGACUGCAGGUGUAGCAGCUUGUGGAUCAACAGUGAAAAAACUCGCCCCCUUCUUAUUUCCUUGUGCUAUUGAAUACAGUCUAAUUGCUGGCGCUAUCUUCUAUAAAAUGUUCGAGAAAGUUGGACAUGUACGCAAAGAAUCAGAACGUUUAGAGAAAUUGCGUAAAGCCAAUCUGAAGACAAAACAAUUCUCUGAAUGUCAUCGUUCGCAUAAAGGAUUAUUUGUUGGCCUAUUGAUAUUUAUGGCCACAUUAGUUGCUAUGAGCUUGUUCUUUAUAUUCAUUGUUAAAAAUGAAACAAAGAAUACAGCGAUCACAUUGUAUCAAGGUACAGAGCUAGUACUACUCUCCGUUAGUACAAUCACAUGCAUAAUUAGUCUGUUUCGAUUAAGAGCGCUGAAGUUAAGUGACUUGUCUGAAGAAGUGGCAUUCGAUGACAAUUUACUAUUAAUUGGUUUAGUUGGAAUGCUGUUCUACGAUCUAUUUCUACUAGUCCCAGCUUUAGAAGCUAUACCGAAUGGUGUGAUUGCAGCGAAAUUGUAUACAGCUAAAUCUAUACUUGAAAUGGUACAGUCUAUGUUACAGGUAUUUUUCAUCCUUGAAGCAUCAAGACGUUGCGCUGGCACACUAGAACAUGUACAAAAUAAACCAGGACGUACAAUGAUCACAUUUUUAUUAGUUUUAAAUUUAGCUAUGUGGUUUGUGAACACAUUUGAAGUGAAACGUGCUGAUAAUCAUAGUAUACACAUUAAUUAUUAUUCGUCAAUGGCAUGGAGAAUUAUUACGCAUAUUGCUCUCCCACUGAUUGUAUUCUUUCGUUUUCAUUCAACUGUUUGCCUAUCAGAUAUCUGGGCAAAUGCUUAUCGUUUUAGAACAGACUAAUAUGCUGAAGAGAACUUUUGAGCUGGUUUCUGCCUUGUUUAAAUGCAUAUACACAUACACAUAUACGUGUAUAUGGUGCUUUCAUUAUUCAUCACUUUCUCAGUUCUCUUUCCCCCC